AACCCACUAAAACGGCCUCCAGCUUCCCACUCCUCUCUCAGUCACUCACUACGCAGCAGUCGUCGCGCCCAGAGACUCACCACACUGACCAACUUUCCAACGCUUUCACUGUUGACUUUGCUGCUGUUUCAGGUAUGGCUACCAGAAACCUCGGGGGAUUUCUGGUGCUGAUUUUGGCGAUUGCGAUCUGCGAAGCUGCUUCCGUCUUCCAGCCGAUCUCUGACUCUCACCGAUCCGCGGCCUCUGAGCUCUUCACAGCCACCGAUGGAUCCUUCGGGAGUUUAGAAGAGGCAUAUGAAGCCCUAAGAUCGUUUGAGAUUCUUGGGAUUGAUAAAAAGUCUGAUAUACGCACUGCUACUUGUCAGUCGGUUGUGGACAAACUUGGGUCAUCGUCUUCUGCCCCAAAGGAUUUGUUUUAUGCCUUAAAGGUUAACAGCAUUUUGAAAUGCAAGGUGAACGAUAAGAUAUUUGAGGGCAUUGCUGCAAGACUUAACGCUAUUGCCAAUACUGCAAGUUCAUUGCUUGACUUCUACCACUCAAUCGGAAGCUUGGUACUUAUUAAGGAUCAAAGUUCUGAAGUCGAUGUACUUCUUGCUGAUGCUGGUGGAAUUUUCCAUUCUAUCAAGUCUCUGAGCCAGAGUGAUGGAAGGUGGCGUUUUAGUUCUGAUAAUCCCGAGUCUAGUACCUAUGCUGCUGGAUUAGCACUUGAAGCACUUUCGGGGGUUGUCUCAUUAGCAUCUUCCGAAAUUGAUCAUUCCAAGAUCAGUACAUUGAAAAGUGAUAUUUUGAAGCUUUUUGACAGUGUUGAGAAAUAUGAUGAUGGUGCCAUUUACUUUGAUGAAAAAGUUGUUGAUCUUCGUGAGCAUCAGAGUCCUCUUUCAACUACUGCGUCAGUUGUUCGAGGACUGACAGCAUUUGCAGCUGUGACAUCUGGGAACAUAAAGGUUCCAGGGGACAAAAUUUUGGGCCUGGCAAAAUUCUUCCUUGGAAUUGGCAUUCCCGGCAAUGCUAAAGACUUCUUCAACCAAGUGGACUCAUUAGCUUCUUUGGAAAGCAAUGAGGUUGCUAUCCCACUGAUUUUAUCACUUCCAGCUACAGUGCUUUCAUUGACCAGAAAAGACCAGCUCCAGGUUAAAGUGAAUACCGUGCUUGGUUCAAGUGCACCUCCUCUGACAGUUAAGUUGGUGCGAGCAUUGAGUUCUGGUUCGAAAGUUGCUUCCACAAUUGAAAGCCAGGAACUCAAGUUUGACAAAGAAAGUGAAUCCCAUUUCUUGGAUGUGCCAAAAAGUGUUGAUGUUGGAAAUUACAUAUUUGUCUUUGAGGUUGUUCUGCAUGAUUCUGAAGAUGAAAAAGUUUAUGCAACUGGAGGCUCUACUCAAGUGCAGAUAUUUGUCACAGGAGUUAUCAAAAUUGAAAAUGCAGAGAUUGUUGUACUAGAUAGUGAUGUCGGGAGCAUAGAAACCCAGAAAAAGCUAGAUUUAGCUGGAGAAAAUUCGCUCGCACUAUCUGCAAACCACCUCCAAAAGCUGCGCCUAUCCUUUCAAUUGACCACUCCUUUUGGAAAUGCAUUUAAGCCACAUCAGGUAUUUUUGAAGUUGAGACAUGAGACCAAGGUUGAGCAUAUCUUUGUGGUGGGGAACUCCGGCAAAAAGUUUGAGAUAAUACUGGAUUUUCUCGGACUAGUUGAGAAGUUUUACUAUCUUUCAGGUAGUUAUGACAUUCAAUUAACUGUUGGCGAUGCUGUAAUGGAAAAUUCUUUCUUCCGGGCUAUUGGCCACAUUGAUUUGGAUCUACCAGAAGCACCUGAAAAGGCAUCCCGCCCUCCUACACCGGCCAUUGAUCCUUACUCAAAAUAUGGCCCCAAAGCAGAGAUAAGCCAUAUCUUUAGGGUUCCAGAAAAGCGUCCUUCUCAAGAGCUCUCUCUUAUUUUCUUGGGUCUUUUGUUUUUGCCACUGAUUGGAUUUUUGGUUGGGCUAUUACGCUUAGGGGUGAAUCUGAAGAACUUCCCUACUUCAGCAAUACCAGCCACUUUUGGUAUCCUAUUCCAUGUCGGCAUUGCAGCAGUUCUUUUGCUCUAUGUGCUUUUCUGGUUGAAGCUGGAUCUAUUUACGACACUGAAAUGGCUUGGACUGUUGGGAGUUUUCUUGCUGUUUGUGGGACACAGGAUUCUUUCCCAUCAGGCCUCUACAUCAGCCAAGUUGAAAUCUGCUUGAAAGAACGAAAAAACUUGAAGAAAUCUCCCGUUUAGAGAAAUUGAAAGGAUGUUGGACCUGAAAAGAGAUAUCAGAAAGAUGAGGAGAUUUUCCUUUGGAGAGAGAAACAGAGGGUGGCACUUUUUAGAACAAUUUUGUAGGACUCCUUGUUAUGUUAUACCUGUACCUCUUACUUUAGAAUUUUUAUUACCCAUAACAUAAAAUCGUAUAUUUAUUGCAAAA